AUGGAGGAACAGCAGCUAGAUCUGGAGAUUGAACAGCUGUUCAAAGAACUUGAGAAUAUUCCUGCACAAAGUGUGUAUGAUCCUACCUUUGAUGCACUUUUAUUAUCUGGAAAUCUUGAUAAUUCCACCUUCACCCAAUUCCCUGCUCUCCCAUCACUGGAAGAUAGCUCGACCUACCCGCCAGAGAGUACGUACAUUCAGGCUCUUGAGCAAGAGAAUCAAGAGAUGAAGACGGAAAUCCAGUCACUGAAGAAUGAUACUGUGGGAUCUCUAAGGACAUAUCUGACCGAACUGCAGCCAUGGAUGCUGGAAGUGACCGAUGCUCUCGACAAAUUAGGGCAGGCGCCGAUGUCCGCUACGGAUAUAGAGUUCGCUAGUGACCUGGCUGAUUAG